UUUUGUGGCACAGGGUAAGUUUCAGAUGAAACAAAAGGCUUUGGUGGUAUCUGUAGAUUCUGCAACCUCCCUGUUAACAUAUUUACCACAUUUGUCAUUGAGGGCCGGUUCUUUGGGUUCCACUGGAUGCACCACAGUGCCACGAUGGCCAGCUGUCUCAUCUUUACUUUCUCUUCCUCUGCCAGUUCCCUUGAAAAUACCAAGUCCUGGCCAGUGGUUACUUUCUCAUAGAUCCACUCCGGGAGGUAAACCUCAUUCUGGCUGUCAAUAUCUUGGUCUGAGUUCCUCCUUCCACUCACCAUUUCCAACACUAGCAUACCAAAGCUAUAUACAUCUGACUUGUAGGAUACACCUCCAAAGUUACGAGAAUAUAGCUCUGGUGCAAUGUAUCCCAUAGUACCUCUUGCUGCAGUUAAGGUGACUAUACUUUGAUCCCUGGCGCACAGUUUUGCAAGGCCAAAGUCUGAGAUUUUCGGAGUAAAGUUGUAGUCCAGCAAGAUGUUGUGUGGCUUGAUGUCAAAGUGAAGGAUGCGCUGGUUGCAUCCUUGGUGUAGGUACUCCAUUCCUCUGGCGAUGCCUAAUGCAAUGUCUAGCAUUUUCUGAGGUACUAGUAGAUCUUGGAAAACAUGAGAAUCACGUGAGAAUAUGUAUUUCUCCAGUGACUCAUUAGGCAUGAAUUCGUAGAGAAGAGCCCGUCUCGUCCCUUCAGAGCAAAAUCCCACGAGGCGGACAAUAUUGGCGUGGUGGAUUAGUCCGAUGGUUGCAACUUCAUUGAUGAAUACUUCUCCCUCUCCUGUAGAGUACUCCAGCACCUUAACUGCCACAGGCACUCCAUUUGGUAACUCACCUUUGUAUACGCUUCCAAAUCCUCCCUGUCCUACUUUUACCUUAAACCGUCUGGUUAUCUUUUUAACUUCAGAGAAGGUGUAUCUCGUGGGUUUUGAGGUUCCAUAUGUUUUGAGAAACAUUUCAACCUUCAAAUGUAUCUCUUUGUUAUAAUUUGUCUUGAGUGAAAGAUACACUGCAGUGGCCACUAUCAAGAGAAGAACAAUUAAUGUGGCCACUGAUGAUGUUGCUGGAUAAACAGAGAACAUGAAAUUAGCAAAUUGCACAACACAGGAUUUGUGCAUGGUCAUUUAUCCAGCCCGCGGAGCACAAGCAGGUCAUGAUUUGUGUGUGCAACCAUUUGGAAGUAGUUGAACGAGAUUUAUACGACUAGUGCGUUUGGAGUAAGACAUCAUGUUGAUGCGAAGGCGCUUCAGGUUGGUAUCUUUUUUUAGAUGGUUGAUUCAUGUAUCGACGUUAUAUGACCCUUGAGAUGUAAUCUCUUGGAAACAAACUUCAAUAAUGGCUUUUUUUUUAGUGUUCACCGGUGUUCAAUAAUAAUUAAAUAAACGGCUAUAUUCAUCAAUUGAUGCAGAGGCUUCCCCUUUUCGGAAAAAAUGAAAUUAGCAUAUUGUAUUAACAUUGGAAACAAUUACUUACUGAUUGUAAUGUGGAUAAGACCAGCAUGUAGUAUCCAUAUUACGGAAAUAAAUUAAAUCUGGUGUUUCAAACUAUAUUUUUGGCUCUGCUUGUUAUUGUCUUUCUUUUGUCUGAAUCGUUAUGGUGGCCACAUGCUGACUGAGUUUGUAAUAAACGUUGGUUGUGUGUGCAUCUGCAGAUGUUGGGAGAUGAUUUGUUCCAUUUUCUAAAAAAUGCAAUUUGUGAGUAUUGGGAAGCUUCGUUUCCUAUAUUUUUCUACGUUUAUUAUUCUUUUGAAAUAGAUAGAAAUAUAUGGUCUGUGGUAAUACCUGCAAUGACUUUGAUGCGUGAACCUGCAAAUAGAACGAAAAUUGAGAUUUGGUUGUUGAUUUAGGAAGAAAAAAAGUAACUGUACUUUUUAAAAAAGCUUGGUAGUUGCUCAAACGUUUUAUAGGUUAAAAAUCUUUCAGACUGCAACAUAUUGAAUUGUAGCAUGGGAAAAUUCUGGUAAAAAAACUUCAAGGUGCAAUUAAAUUUAAACUAGUUCACAAAAUAAAAGGGGAUGCCACGAUCAUAUUGUGCUAAUGGCCAGUUAGGAACUAUACCAUGUGGCAUGCAGAAUGUUUUAUUCCUUUGCGAGCUGAAUGCACACCGUCCCCCCUUGUGUUCACAGUCAUAGCACUGCCAUUGAUCUUCCCAUCCCAGUGUCAUCUCUGCUGAUUCGAGGAUUCUUUCUACACUUGUAUUGAGCGUAGCUGACCAGUCUUGCCUCGGAUAGGGUAACCGGACUAGGUCGCCUGAGAUGACCUCACAGCUCAAUGGAAGAUCUGUCAUAAGUAGAUAAGUCGGCAAUAAAUACGAUAAGUGAGUUGUGUUGCUAAGGCAGGAGAUUGGCCCAGCAGCUCCAAUGCUUGGUGUUAUCUCUCGCAAGCAGCAUACAAGCAUCACGUGCCUCUCGUCAUAUAUGCCACAAAGGGCCUGGUUUGACUGCUCUGCAUAGGCGUAUUGAAUUGGAAUGGUUUGGGAGAUGAGUUUCUGGAGCGGACAGGGAGACAAGGCUGGAGGCGGGAUGAGUUCAAUGACAAGACGACUGUAAUAUAUGUGGGUUACUUUGCAUGGGCCAAGAAGUGGGUGAACUAGGAUGGUGUCUUCGCCGGAGCAUGCUAACUCCAUGCAGAGCCUGCCACAUGAUGUAUUGCUGGCCUCGAGCCGGAAAGGAAACCUAAUCUCUGGGCCAUGUUUGCUGCACUUGGAGGGUGGACAGUACCUGAAGAAAUCUUUAUCGUCCCACGCCAUGGCCAAGUUGGUUCUGUGGUUGAUAAGAGAAAGUAGGAAGGCUGUGACAAGCAGUGUACACAUCUUGCUGUGCUGUAACAGAUAUGGAGAGGAAGAGGAAGAUACGAAGGCAAGCAAGGCGCUGCACGUAUAUAGAAGGAAAAGGCGUUGCAAGUGGCAGUCAACUCAGUCUAGCUAGUAGCAUAUUACUAUAAUGGUCUAACAGCAGGUUGCCUUAAUUGUGGUGUACAAUUUCCAAAUGUGCAUGCACCCCCGCCGUGUUCUAGUCAACCAAGUGCGACUGAAGGCUCGCUAGCGUCCAUGAUUUAGUACUCGGUAGACCUAGUGCACUUAAUUAUUGCUACCUCAUGGAAAUGCGUACAGCCAGAAGGUGGGUCUUUUGAACUUGAGACACUUUCUUAGAUUUCCUUAUAUCUGCCCUCCUUAGUUAUUGUGGUCAAUUGUACGUGAUGUAGUGAUUUGAGUGUGACCCAUCACUGGAUACAAUCAAUAGUCAAAUAGGGCACUGAUUGGAAAUUUCGGUACUGAUAGCUAUAUGUGUACUAACCCUACUGUACUGUGAUAGCUACCUCUUAUAAGGCCUGUGUCGUCUGAAUAAGUAGUAAUCUUCUUCAUAACAGCAAACCUACGAUAUCAACCUGCGAAGCUGUCAUGACGAACACUGGUGCAUUUCAUCGAUCCAUUGCCUUGCAAACCUUUAUGGUCCUAUUUGUGCUUUCAGUUUUUGCAGCAGACGUCGAGGGAGGAGAUGGAUGCCCACGUUUCUCCUGCGGUCAUCUCCGGGAUGUCCGGUCUCCUUUCCGCCAGCGAGAUGAUCCACCUGAGUGUGGCUCUCAGUCACACGAGCUGGUUUGCAGCGAUAGUAAAGCUAUAAUUUUCAUGGGCAAUACAGCAUACUAUGUGGCUACCAUCAACUACACCACUUCAUCUUUCUGGGCUGUGAAUGCCAACUUGGACAUGAACAGCAGCUUCCCUCUUCCUUACUCCUCUCUCCCUUUUGGGGGAAUAAUUGAUUCAGAUGGCUAUGUCGAUUUCUCUGCUACUGCCGCUUGGGCAUGCUUUGUUAAUUGUUCCCGAGCAAUAGUGAAUAAUAGUUGGUACAAACCUGUUGCUUGCCUGAGUGCCAAAAAUGCACAUGUUUAUGUCUGGGUUGACAUAUUUCCGUGUGAAAUCGUAUAUCUCCAACCUUUUUGUCGAAGCUUGAACAUGAUUCCCUUUGGUGCACGAUCGGAUUUUUUAGUCUCCAACCAAGAGCUACUGAAUGCAAGUUAUGUUGACAUCAUGGAAUUCAUAAGGAUGGGAUUUUCUGUUGAAUUUCCUUUUCCUAGUCUUCGUAGAAAUUCCUCGACGGCUGAGAUUAUCAACAAAUGCGUGAACAACUCAACAAGCUACUUCAAAAAGCUUUUCUCUGAUCCAACAGCAGUGCACUGGUUUCGUGCUAUUUUUUUUACUGGGAAUCAAUUCAUAAGCUGUUUAUAUGGUUACGAUGAGCAGAUACAAAUAUCAAGAGCUGGACGUUAUGUUCGUGUAACGACUGCAUAUCUAUCUUCCGAUGCUGAAACCAUAAUAUAUCCUAUAUAUGGCCUCAGGUUUCUUUUUGUGCUCUGCAGAUUUGUCCUCGCACCCUUGGCUGUAUUAAUCUUCCUUGCCCACAAGUAUUGGAAAACAAGGAUCACAAUUGAUGCGGUUGAAAAGUUCCUCUGGAUGCAACAAAUGAUUGGCCCGGUGAGGUACGCCUAUACAGACAUCACUGCAAUCACAGGCCAUUUCAGAGAUAAACUGGGCCAAGGGGGCUGUGGCUCCGUGUACAAGGGAGUGCUUCUCCCAGGCGAUGUUCAUGUUGCGGUGAAGAUGCUAGACGGUAACUCCAAUUGUAAUGGAGAAGAUUUCAUUAGUGAGGUCUCCACAAUUGGCAGGAUCCACCAUGUGAAUGUAGUUCGUUUAGUGGGGUUCUGCUCUGAGGAAAUGAGGAGGGCGCUAGUCUAUGAGUACAUGCCUGAAGGUUCUCUCGACAAGUACAUUUUUUCCGCGGAGAAGAUUUUCUCUUGGGACAAGCUCACUGAGAUUGCAUUGGGCAUUGCCAGGGGGAUCAACUACCUCCAUCAAGGGUGUGAGAUGCAAAUCGUACACUUUGACAUCAAGCCACACAACAUUCUCCUUGAUGGCAAUUUCAUCCCCAAAGUUGCUGAUUUUGGUCUCGCCAAACUUUACCCAAAGAAUAACAGUUUUGUGCCACUGAGUGUUCUACGGGGAACUGUCGGGUAUAUAGCUCCUGAAAUGAUAUCCCGAAGCUUUGGCGCCAUAUCGAGCAAAUCCGAUGUUUACAGCUUUGGGAUGCUGCUGCUAGAGAUGGCUGGAGGACGUAGGAACUCUGACCUGAAUGCAGCCAACUCGAGUCAGGAAUACUAUCCGUCAUGGGUGUAUGACCAGCUAAAGAAGCAAGAAGUAGGAGAGGAUGACAUAUCUACUGCAGCGGCUGAGAUGCAUGAUGUGGAGAGGAAGUUGUGUAUUGUUGGGCUUUGCUGCAUCCAGAUGAAGUCCCACGACCGGCCGAUGAUGAGCGAUGUCAUAGAUAUGCUUGAAGGUGGUGUUGAUGGCUUGGAGGUGCCUUCCAGGCCAUUUUUCUGCGAUGGCGAGGACAGCGAUAUAGUAGAUUCUUACCAUUUCUUCUCUGAGCUUACUGCCAUCUCCGAGGAGGAGGUGAGCGAAGACAUACAUACAUGCAACUGAUUUAAUUAUUCCGAGGAGGUGAUCCACCUAUUUAGCUUUUGAAAAUUUGAAGCUAUGGUUGUAGUUGCACGGAGUAAGAAAUAAUUCUCCAUGUCUAUCUAUAGAUUACCUCUGAUCUUUUAUGCCGAAACUUUGUAAUAGCUAGGCACUAGAUUAUGGAUGGGUGUUCAUGGUAAACUGCUAUAUUGUAACUGGAAA